AUGUCCACUUCGCAGGGUGUUAAUGUUCUCCGCUAUUCGGCUCUCGCUGCCGGUCUUGCGUACGGUGUCUACCACCAAUCUUCGCUCAACUCUCAGGCUAGGCGUGCGGAGGCCGACCGUGAAUAUGCCCGUAAAGCAGCCCUGAUUGAGCAGGCUAAGGCAGAAUGGAAGAAGAAGACCACACCUCAGGAGCCCCAGACACAAGCCAGUGGAGUUAUUUCGGAUCCCGCGGACAACCGGUUUGACUUGGAAGCCUACUUGAAGGCGAAGCUCGGGGAGUAA